GGAAGCAGCGAAAUCACUCGGUGAUUGAAAGCGGAGACAGAAGCACGAGCAGGAAGCAGGGGCGUCCCAGCGUUUUUGCUGUUUUCUCCCUUUUCGAGAGUGAAAAUCUGUGGGAAAAACCCCCAGUUUGAUUGCUUCACACAAAAAUCAAUCGAAAGCUACUCUGGACCGCAGAAUUCUACACGACGAAAGUCUCUUGAUUCUUUUACGCCCGGUGGAUUCGAGCUAGUUAACAACCAUCCGCUCUCAGCGAGAGAAAGGGCGUGUGGAUUCUGGGGAGAAGCUUGGCUUCCGUGCUCUCUUUAAAAAAAAAAAAAAAAAAAAAAUCUUGCAUGUUGUGGUCGUGCACUUUUACUGUUUAUAUUUGAACAACGUCCGGAGGAUUCGUGCGAAGAUGGGGUGCACAUUGAGCACGGAGGACAAGGCGGCCGUGGAGCGCAGUAAAAUGAUCGACAGGAAUCUGCGGGACGACGGGGAGAAAGCCGCGAGGGAGGUCAAGUUACUUCUACUUGGUGCUGGAGAGUCGGGGAAAAGCACGAUCGUGAAACAGAUGAAGAUUAUCCACGAGGCGGGGUACUCAGAGGAGGAGUGUAAGCAGUACAAGGCGGUGGUCUACAGCAACACCAUCCAGUCCAUCAUCGCCAUCAUCCGCGCCAUGGGCCGCCUCAAGAUCGACUUCAACGACGCGGCAAGAGCGGACGACGCCAGGCAGCUGUUUGUCCUGGCGGGCUCGGCGGAGGAGGGCUUCAUGACGGCGGAGUUGGCGGGGGUCAUCAAGCGGCUGUGGAAGGACGCCGGCGUGCAGGCCUGCUUCGCCCGCUCACGAGAGUACCAGCUCAACGACUCGGCUGCGUACUACCUGAACGACCUGGACAGGAUAUCCCACGCCGCCUACAUCCCCACGCAGCAGGACGUCCUGAGGACCCGGGUCAAGACCACCGGCAUCGUGGAGACGCACUUCACCUUCAAGGACCUGCACUUCAAGAUGUUCGACGUGGGAGGCCAGAGGUCGGAGAGGAAGAAGUGGAUCCACUGCUUCGAGGGCGUGACGGCCAUCAUCUUCUGCGUGGCGCUGAGCGACUACGACCUGGUGCUGGCUGAGGACGAGGAGAUGAACCGAAUGCACGAGAGCAUGAAGCUCUUCGACAGCAUUUGCAACAACAAGUGGUUCACCGACACCUCCAUCAUCCUGUUCCUCAACAAGAAGGACCUUUUCGAGGAGAAGAUCAAGAGAAGCCCGCUGACCAUCUGCUACCCAGAGUACACGGGGUCCAACACGUACGAGGAGGCCGCGGCCUACAUCCAGUGUCAGUUCGAGGACCUGAACAAGAGGAAAGACACCAAGGAGAUAUACACCCACUUCACCUGCGCCACCGACACCAAGAACGUGCAGUUCGUCUUCGACGCCGUCACCGACGUCAUCAUCAAGAACAACCUGAAGGACUGCGGCCUGUUCUAGAGCCUUUUUACGGAGCUGAAGAAACCAACCCGAUGUGCGUUUCCCGGGGGGGAUCGACUUGCAUAAGGAAAAUCGACCAAUCAUGGACCAGUACUGUACUAUAUACCGGUUUUAUAGGUUUAUUUAUGUGUUUUUCUUUUUUUCUUUUCUUUUUUUUCUUUUGGUUUUGUUUGUUUUUGGUCUUUGGACAUUUUAAGAUGAAGCUUAGAGAACUUUUGUAUAGGAUGUUGUAUAGUAACUCUUGUAAUUGUUGUUGGCUUCUCCCCCCCCCCCCCCCAC